AUGAAGUCUUACUUUGUGCUUUUGGGCUUUUUGUAUAUGGUCAGCCUCCCCUGGGAAUGUUAUUCUAUUCUGCUCUGUGAUAGUGACUGUAGGAACAAUCCACUGGAGAUUUGCCAGGAUAUUCCAAAGACCAAGACUCUGUUGAGUGUGAUGGCGCUUUUCCCUUGCAAUGUAGCAGGCUUUAGAGCAAGAGGACUAACUGUAGCAGCACAAAUGGCAGUGCAAAAGAUUGCUAAUGAGUCUAAUCUGUUAAGUGGUUACAGAUUGAAACUGCAAGUUGAAAAUACCAUGUGUGAUCAGUUGGCUGCCAUCAGAGCGUUCAUUAACCAGCUGUCACUAGUCCAAGGGGAGCAGGAUCAGCGCUACAUGAUCAUUGGUCCGGGCUGCUCAGUGGGUGCGUUCACCACAGCCGAAGUGGCUCCAUUCUACAGUCUAACACAGAUCGGCUAUACUACCACCUCUGUAUCCCUAUCAAACAAGAGACGCUUUCCUAACUUCCUGCGAACCAUCUCCUCGGACAAUGCCAGCAUUGCCACAGUAGCAGCACUCGCCAGAAAGUUUGAAUGGAAGCAAGUGGCUAUUGUGUCAGUGAGGGACGAUCUAUUCUCCAAUUUGACCAGUGUGCAGAAUGCUGUCUUGGUGCAGGAAAAUGUGAGGGUGCUGCCGUUCCCUUAUGAUAGUGGACUGACACCAAGUGAAACUAACUUACGGUUGGAGAACAUUGUUGAUCAACUCAAUACGUCAGGGGCCAGGAUUGUUCUGUUAAAUAUCUAUGAAGAUGCUGCAAGACAAAUAUUUUGUUUGGCAUACAAAAGGGGGAUGAUACACCCGCGUUACACAUUCAUCAGCCAUUACUGGUGGUCGGAGUUUUGGUGGACUGACCAGUCUGGCUCAAACUGUUCAGUACAGGAGCUUACUAAUGCCAUCUUUAUGUCUCUGGCGGUCGACCACUUCCCAACCCCCUUGGAGGAGGAGAUGAAUGCUCGGACAGAUGUGGGAUAUGAUUCUCCAGGUGCUUUCUGGACAGAUUUUGAGCGUAAUCUAAACAGCCUUAACUACCCUCGCAGUGAAGCCCUGAGACAGGCGGCUUUUGUGUACGAUGCAGUAUGGAUAGCUGCAAUUGCUCUCAACACGACCUCUACACAGCUGCAGAAUGGGACCGUACUAGGAGCAAACAGGUUGGAACAGUUCAACCAUUUCCUCAAUUCGACGGUCACUAGAGAAAUUAAUCAACUUAUUCUCAACGCAGCCCGAAAUUCAAAUUUCCAAGGAGUCUCUGGUAAGGUCAAAUUGAACGUUUUCGGUGAUCGUGAGCCAGUCAGAAAGGUGUACCAAUAUCUCUACACGCAGGUGGUAGACCCCAACAUUGAUGCUAACAAUGACACUGCAUUUGCUUUCGCGGACAGCAUCGGUACUCUGACAUUCUUGCCCGAUCACAGUAUACAGACGGUCUUUCCUGAUGGGGUCACGGUGGAUUCGGAGCUGGUCACAAUAAGCCAGGUGCUGUUUAUCAUCUACACUAUCAUUGCCUGUUUGGGCAUCAUCUUUGCCAUUGCUUGCAUGGUCUUCAACCUUGUGUUCCGUAAAAAACGAAUUGUCAAGCUGUCCAGUCCAUAUCUGAACCUGCUCAUGAUAUCAGGAGCUAUUCUCUUCUACAUUGUGGUUAUCAUGUUUGGGUUGGACAUCAACUUUGUAGAUUUCACUGCUGUCGACAUUGUGCGCUGUCAGGUGUCAGUAUGGCUGGCCUCCAUUGGGUUCUCUCUUCUCUUUGGAACCAUGCUGGCCAAAACAUGGAGGGUGUACUACAUCUUCAAGAACAUCAGACUCAAGAAGAGACCUCUCAAAGACUGGAUGCUGUUUCUCAUUGUCAUGGUGAUGGUAGGUGUUGACGUGGUGUUUCUCAUCAUAGUCUCUGUAGACUCUUUCCGACGGAAGCUCCAACAAAGGGAUCUUAUCGAUCGCCCAGAUGGUGAGGUUCCUCUGCUCGCCUAUCAAUGUAUGUCAGCUGCCUCUAACAUUUGGAUACCCGUCCUGCUGGUCAUCAAGUCUCUCUACCUCGUGGUGGGCGUGUUCUUAGCCACACAGACGUAUAAUGUCAAGCUCAAGAGAUUGAGGGAUUCCAAACUGAUUGUAGCAUGUGUGUGCACCACUGUUGUCGUGGCACUGGUGGCUACCAUUGUGGGACUGUCUGUUAAUGAUUCUAGUGUGGCAUACGGAGUGUACGGAUUCUGCAUUCUCUCCAUGGUAACUGUCAUCUUGUUCACCUUGUUUGGAACAUUGAUGAUAGAGCUCUACCAGAACCCCUCGGGUGAGACGGAUAUUAGCACUGUGGCCAGCGUGGGCAACAACUAUCUGGACAGUACCAACAAAGGUAACUCUGAAGACCAGGCCAAGGUUGAUCAGCUUAAGCAGACCAUUCAGUCACUCAAGACUGACAUAAAAGAAAAAAAGCGACAGUCUGAAAACUUCCUGUCGUCUCCACUGCAUAGUGACAUACAUGUAAGCAGCAACACCAACCUACUACUGAAUCAUGUAACACCGCCAGCACACGACUAUGAGACUCAAGAUAAUGGUGAUGCAAACGAAAAAACAAAUGGAGAGUCAGUUGGUGUAAUUGCUAAUGAAGAUUGCAAGGAGUUGUCACCAAUGAAUGUCGAAGUGGAGAUUAUAGCGAACACUGUAGAUAUACUGCAGAUAUAGUUUAUACAUACGUGCAUUAAUUAAUAUUACAGUUUUAUUUUCAGAACAAUAAAUACGUACCAUACAAUUAUGUACAAGUCAUGUAUAAUUAUGUUUAGAAA